GAGUCAGGUGAUAAAACUGUUGAAACUUAUCAUACUUUAUUACUUCAAGUCUUCAUAUAAAAAGUUUGUUUGAGGCAACCAAGUACUGAUAUGGACAUUAAUUACACAUUCUUUGGAGAUAAUGUUUGUCGACCAGGAAGGACUGUUUAUGAAUGUGGGGAAAACCCCCUGCUGGACUGCUUGAAAUGUGAAGGGGAAGAUGGUGUUUACAAAUUGAGAGCAGUUUUAAGAAGUGGGGCAAGCUUGGAGCAGAGUUUCUACGGGUACUCAUUUCUCGGAGCAGCGUGCUGUAUUGGUAGAUGUGAUAUUGUUGAGGUUAUUGUUGAUCAUUUAAAACAGAGGCAAAAUGUGGGAGGCCUUAAAGAUUCUGCAAGACGAAGAUCACUUCUAGAUGACCAUGACAUCAAUGGUUAUACACCAUUACUUUAUGCUGUGUGUGGGGGACAUUUUGACAUAUGUCGGCUACUGAUUGAAGAAGGGGCUGAUCCAAAUUUACCCCACCAGAUGUCAAGACAGACCCCACUUCUGAUGGCAAUAGAACAUUCACAGGAUGAAAUGGUGACCUACUUGCUGGAAAACAACGCAGAUGUACAGAUCAGUGAUAAUGUAGGAAUCACACCACUGUACACAGCAAUCAACUGUCGGAAUGAGAGGGUUGUUAGACUGCUGAUAGGGGCUGAGUGCGAUGUGGAUAUUGGGAGUCAGGAUCAUACCCCGAUCUUUCUGGCAACCAGGACAGGACAGCUAAAUAUUGUAAAGAUGUUAUGUGACGCAGGUUGUCGUAAGAAUGUCAGUAAUAAAUAUGGUGUAACGCCAGUGUAUGAAGCUGCACUCAAAGGUCAUGAGGCAGUGUUGGAAUAUCUGUUAGAAGUUGAAUGUAGUCCAAACAUUGUAGAUAUGUAUGAUCAGUCACCGCUUCAUGUAGCGGUGAUGUCAGGUCAUCUCACCUGUGUCAAACUCUUAAUGGAAGCUGGUGCUAAUUGGAAGCUUCGAAACCAUAACAGAGAGAGUGCCUUUGACCUGGCCCUACAGAUGGGAAAAUCUGAAAUUGUGCAAUAUUUCCUAGAAGAGGGAUUUGAUGUUUUACCCAAAACUUCAACUCCCAGUGGGUUGAAGAACAUUGUUGCAGUGUUUGAGCAAGGACAUACAGCGACACUCAGUGUACUGAUAAAGGGUUGUGCCAAAUUACCAAUGCUUCACUGUAUAGGAAUGUUACCAAUGUUCAGAAAUCAGUCCCAUUUGAUGAAGCUGCUACUUCACUCUGGCAUUCAGACAGUACCUGCUAUUCUAAUGGCUUCUGAAACCCAUCAAUGUAAGGAGACUGCUGAUUGGCUGAAAGAAUUCAAAAACAAUCCCAGAAGGCUGCAGGAUAUCUGUAGAAUCAGAAUCAGAAGAACACUAGGGAAUAAAGUGUUAUUUGGAGUAAAACAGUUACCUUUGCCAGUAGAUAUGAAAAAUUUCAUCACAUUAGAUAGACUGUGAUAAAUACUAUGCUCUGUGAGUGGUGAUAAUGUGGUCUGGGACACACUAAAAACCAUUUUGUCUUUUUUAGCUCAUCUGAUUUUUUGAAAAAAAAUGAUGAGUUAUUGUCAUCACUUGAGCGGUUGUCGGCGUCGGCGUCGGCGUCUGCGUCGGCGUUGCCUGGUUAAGUUUUAUGUUUAGGUCAGCUUUUCUCCUAAACUAUCAAAGCUAUUGCUUUGAAACUUGGAAUACUUGUUCACCAUCAUAAGCUGACCCUGUAUAGCAAGAAACAUAACUCCAUCUUGCUUUUUGCAAGAUUUAUGGCCCCUUUUGUACUUAGAAAAUAUCAGAUUUCUUGGUUAAGUUUUAUGUUUAGGUCAACUUUUCUCCUAAACUAUCAAAGCUAUUGCUUUUAAACUUGGAAUACUUGUUCACCAUCAUAAGCAGACCCUGUACAUCAAGAAACAUAACUCCAUCUUGCUUUUUGCAAGAUUUAUUACCCCUUUUGGACUUAGAAAAUAUCAGAUUUCUUGGUUAAGUUUUAUGUUUAGGUCAACUUUUCUCCUAAACUAUCAAAGCUAUUGCUUUGAAACUUGGAAUACUUGUUCACCAUCAUAAGCAGACCCUGUACAUCAAGAAACAUAACUCCAUCUUGCUUUUUGCAAGAUUUAUUGCCCCUUUUGGACUUAGAAAAUCAGUUUUCUUGGUUAAGUUUUAUGUUUAGGUCAGCUUUUAUCCUAAACUAUCAAAGCUAUUGCUUUAAAACUUGCAACACUUGUUCACCAUCAUAAGUUGACCCUGUACAGCAAGAAACAUAACUCCGUCCUGCUUUUUGCAAGAUUUAUGGCCCCUUUUGGACUUAGAAAAUAUCAGAUUUCUUGGUUAAGUUUUAUGUUUAGGUCAACUUUUUCUCUUAAACUAUCAAAGCUAUUGCUUUGAAACUUGCAACACUUGUUCACCAUCAUAAGCUGACCCUGUACAGCAAGCAACAUAACUCCAUCCUGCUUUUUGCAAUAAUUAUUGCCCCUUUUGGACUUAGAAAAUCAUUUUCUUGGUUGAGUAUUAUGUUUAAGUCAACUUUUCUCAUAAACUAUCAAAGCUAUUGCUUUAAAACUUGCAACAGUUUUUCACCAUCAUAAGUGGACACUGUACAUCAAGAAACAUAACUCUAUCCUGCUUUUUGCAAGAAUGAUGGCCCUUUUUAGACUUAGAAAAUCAUGGGUAGGACAAUAUUUCUAUUACACAAAAAAAAUCAGAUGAGCGUCAGCACCCGCAAGGCGGUGCUCUUGUUUGUGAUUGGUAACAGAUGUUAUCUAAUGAACAGAACCUCUCCAAUUUUUAUGUUGUUUUAUUUUUAAUCAGAUCUUUAAAAUAAUAGUACGGAUUCCUUUAAUAAUGAUUCAUGAUUGAUCAAUAGGUGUUAGAUCAGUAAUUUUAUUUGAAGAAUGUUUGUUUUUAUUCUUAAGUUUUGGAAGUUAAAGAACUAUGAGGGACAGCUGUGAAAAUAGUUUUAAGGUUUGAAAGAAAUGUUAUACUUUUUUGCACGUGUUUAAUCAACAUACAUUGAUGUAUGGCAGAUAUAUUCAUUGCUGUUUUUUAUGUUUUACAUUGUUAAAGUACGUUACUGCUGUUGAAUAUUUUAUAUAUUGCCUAUUUUAGCUUAUGUAUGUUAUGCACAUUGAUUUUUAAUAUUUUUAAAUAAGGCAUUUAUUAUACAUAUCAUUUAAAAUUUACUGCUGUUACAAAUGAGCCCCCCGCUGUUACAUGACUGAAAUACUGUUGAAAAAUGGCGUUAAACCCAAAACAAACAAAUGAGCCCACACAUCUCUUCACCCAUUUUAACAUGGCCUUUAUCAUGGUCUUAGGAAUAAUUCUUGUCAUUUUGUGAUUCAAUGCCAGUCUGUCCCGAUUGUUUAAACCCAUUGCUAAUUUGUAAAUACUUUGUUUAUUUCAUUUUUGUGAUAAACAGUGCAAGCUCUAUAGAGCAAAUACCACUCUGAAGUCAGAAAUGUAAUUGUUGUACAGAGGUUUUUGCCCUUGAGAGCUUAAUUUACUUCAAUUUUAUGAGAAAAAAAUGUCUUUAUAGGGAGGUAUUCACUUCUUGGAGGUGCUAUUAUCAGAGGUUAUACUGUGAAAAUGUCAAUGAGUAAAAAUUAACCAAACAAGAGUUUAUUCAUUGUUUAUAGAAUAUGUACUAAUUAUAGACAUAGGUAUGCAGGUCAAUAUAAUUACACCUUUACUCCUCUCUUCUGAUAACCUACUAUCUCUAAAAGUUGAAAAACGGCUCUUAAAUAUACGUGUAAUUGUUUUCAAAAGGACAGUUUUUGAAAAAGUAGAAAAUGAUGUUUGGAACUAGGGAUAUGUACUGUUUACAACCUUGUAACUGGCUUACACUGGCACAAAUUGUUUCUUAGCCAACUUGUGAGGCUAUUAAGUCUUAAAUUACACUGUUAAAAGGAUCUAAUUAUGAUCAUUUGUUGACCAUACAAAGGACACCCGGUAGUAUCACUUGUGCAAUAUUUCCUCUGUUUGAUCAGAACCAUUUCUUUCUUUUUUGUAUAUUAACUGUUUGUUUUUAUGCCCCCGAAGGGAGGCAUAUAGUUUUUGAACCGUCUGUCUGUCGGUCUGUCAGUCUGUCCGCAAUUUUCGUGUCCGGUCCAUAUCUUUGUCAUCGAUGGAUGGAUUUUCAAAUAACUUGGCAUGAAUGUGUACCACAGUAAGACGACCUGUCGCGCGCAAGACCCAGGUCCGUAGCUCAAAGGUCAAGGUCACACUUAGACAUUAAAGGAUAGUGCAUUGAUGGGCGUGUCCGGUCCAUAUCUUUGUCAUCGAUGGAUGGAUUUUCAAAUAACUUGGCAUGAAUGUGUACCACAGUAAGACGACGUGUCGCGCGCAAGACCCAGGUCCGUAGCUCAAAGGUCAAGGUCACACUUAGACGUUAAAGGAUAGCGCAUUGAUGGGCGUGUCCGGUCCAUAUCUUUGUCAUCGAUGGAUGGAUUUUCAAAUAACUUGGCAUGAAUGUGUACCACAGUAAGACGACGUGUCGCGCGCAAGACCCAGGUCCGUAGCUCAAAGGUCAAGGUCACACUUAGACGUUAAAGGAUAGUGCAUUGAUGGGCGUGUCCGGUCCAUAUCUUUGUCAUCGAUGGAUGGAUUUUCAAAUAACUUGGCAUGAAUGUGUACCACAGUAAGACGACAUGUCGCGCGCAAGACUCAGGUCCGUAGCUCAAAGGUCAAGGUCACACUUAGACGUUAAAGGUCAUUUUUCAUGAUAGUGCAUUGAUAGGCGUGUCCGGUCCAUAUCUUUUUCAUUCAUGCAUGGAUUUUAAAAUAUCUACGCAUGAAUGUCUGACACAUUAAGACGACGUGUCGCGCGCAAGACCCAGUUCCGUAGGUCAAAGGUCCUAUACUCUAACAUCGGCCAUAACUAUAUAUUCAUUCAAAGUGCCAUUGGGGGCAUGUGUCAUCCUAUGGAGACAGCUCUUGUUUCUUUCUGCUUUGUUAUAUUGUUGAACAGUUGGUUAUGUUGACAUAAAAAAUUGCUUUUUAUAGGAAGUUUGUCUUCUCUGUUAGUAUGAAAUCAUUACAUAUCACUGGCAUAAACUUUCUGGUUUUCAAACUUUAAAGAUAAGAUAUAUAGGAAUUUUAUAUACUUGCUGGGAUAUCCUUGUGUGGAUUGAAACAGCAUGAAAUCCAUGAAAAUUUGUCCCACAAAUGUCAAAUGAAAAGGAAACAGUGCUCUUGUGUACAUUCUGUCUUCUGGGAGUUUAUAUCAUUAAAAAUGAGUAUUAAUCUGUACUUCUUCCAUAAGUAAUGCCCAUCUAUAUAGAUUGAUAGGUGAGACAUAUGUUCUCUGUCACAGAGUCUAUGAUGAUUAUAUUGUGUCUCAGUCAUUUCAUCUUCAACUUCUGAUCCGCAGUUUUUUUUGGGUUUUUUUUACGAGAACAGGUUAGUACUGGUACUGAAUCCAGAAUACUGGUUAGGUUAACUGCCCACUGUUACAUAACCAAAAUACUGUUGGAAAAAAAUGGUGCUAAAUCCAGUCAAACAAAUUCUUCUGUAGGUAUCUUGAUUUGUUGUUGAAGAAUCAUUGCUUUAAUGUCCUCAUCAUUAUGGUCAGCACAUGUAAAAUGGCGGGUAACUGGUUUGACGUUUUCUAUCAAGAUAUUUUUAGUGUCGUUCUUGUAUAAUAGAUUUAGGUAAUUUUGUAAAAUUCAGUUGACCGGAGGGUGAUGGAGGUUGAACAUUGUGUAAUUUAUGGUUGAGAAGUAUUGCCAUAUUGUUGAACCUUGUUCUUGUAUUUUUGUUAGACUAUACAGGUCUUUAAAUAGAAAAUGAAUUUACAUUAGAGUAACCAUGUUUGUCAUUGAAAUUCUUUUUAAAAAAAUAUUUCAUAAGUGUAGAAAAAGAUGUAUUUAAGGAAAAAUAAUACUUUAGAGAAAUACAUGAUCUCAGUUGCAAUAUACAGUUGGACCUCAAUAUCUCAAACAUUCCGGCUAUCUGGAAGAUAUUUUCAAGUUCAGUCCCAAAACGAUGUACACAAAAUAUCCCUUGGAAUUUGAGAUAUUGAGUGUCAACUUUACUUUGUAUUAAGGUGCCAGUGAUACUUUUGUUUGUUGUAAUAGCAAUUAGUUAGUUUGUUAGUUAUGUUUUUUUUUUGUUUUUUUUGAGUAGCAAAGGCAGUUACUGUAGUUAUGUUUCAGUUUAUAUUAUUAGCAUUAUUUUAUUUUUUAUUAACAAGACGGUGAAACACUUCUCACUCAGUUUACCAAGAAACAGCGCUUGUUGGGCAGUUGAUAUUGUCCAGGGCCGUUCUAAAUAUAUUAACUAUGUUUGGAUGGCUGAGAUUUCAGGAUUACUCAAGCAGUUUCUUUUGCAACCUUGCCUGAUCCUUUUUUCUACUGUUUAACUUUUUGUGUUCAUUAUGUAAUUUAUGCAGGAGUUGAUUAAUUAUUGUUCUGACUCAUUUUUUUUUUAUCUUUGUCAGAUCUGUCAUAAUAUUUUGAUAAAAUUUCAAUGACAUAGACUCUUGGAAUACAAAGUUGGCCAAAAUGAUUGUAAAAGUCGUCAGUAUGGACUGUUUUCACUGUUUAUUUUCUAAAGAGGAGUUUUUCAACUAGAGAGUUUCUUACAAU